ACACGUCUGCUACUAUCACUACCACAAUUUCUAUUUAUAAAAGCUGUUAUUAAUUGUCAAAUUGUCACGUCUGUUUGUUACCAAUUUUACAAGAAAUUAGAUGACUGGUAAAUAUAUUUACAAUAACAAUCACUGUGUUUUCAAAUUUUGGAGAAAACGAUUUCAAUGAUGUGAAACAAAUGCAACGAAUUUUUAAAAUUCAGUCGACAUGCGUUAACUGAUUGUGAUAUUAGAAAAAGAAAUGGAAAAUCAAAAUCGCCUUCAUCAAACUCACCAAAGUUAUCAGUCGUUUUGGAAGAAGAAUAAUCGAGCUAUUCCAGGCAGGCCUAGUCCAAAACAAGACGCGAAACAUGGUAAAGGAAAUGCUGCAGGAUUAAAUUAUGCAAGUAAUUUAGGAGGUUCUGGUGGGGCGACUGGCAGUGGUAGUGCCUCAAGUUCGACGUCAUUUCAAGAUUUUCAAUCGAGUGUCGAUGACGCUUGGGAUUCGGGUGACGAUGAAUUUUGUACUGUUUCAGACGUGAGAAUAUCAAAGAGAGUGAGUAAAUCAGCGGCGUUAAGUGUCAUUAAUAGUCACAGAUCUGCCACAACAUGUAUAGAAUCACAAACAAAUUUAAAAGAACAUCGUCCAAGGGAAAUAAUUCCCGAAGAAAAGAAAGUCGAGGCUCUUCAAAGAUUGGCCGUUCAACCGUUACAAUUAAGAAAUGCAAAUUUAGGAACUGCCGUUAUUAAUCGCCAAAAUCCACAUAAUUUGGAGCAAAUAGCAGUUAAGUCUAGUAUUUCGCCACAUCAUAAACAUUCACAAUUUCCAGGAAGACCACAGCCAUUAAAACAGGCAAAUGCCACGAGUAAAUUUUAUAUAGCGUCCAAAGAUCAAGAUGGUGAAAGUAAAAUAGAUAAAUUCCAAUCGUUAUUGGAAUCGUCGUUACUUAAUUUAAACGAAUUACGAGAACUCUCUUGGUCUGGUAUACCUGCCAAAUUACGAUCUGUAACAUGGAGACUGCUUUCUGAGUAUCUUCCGACAAAUUUGGAACGGAGACAACAGGUACUGGAACGAAAACGUAUGGAUUAUUGGAGUUUAGUUAAACAAUAUUAUGAUGUUGAAAGAGAUGAAGGAUUUCAAGAUACAUAUCGACAAAUACAUAUUGAUAUUCCAAGAAUGUCACCACUUAUCUCACUUUUUCAACAAACAUCUGUCCAAAUGAUAUUUGAAAGAAUUCUUUAUAUAUGGGCUAUAAGACAUCCGGCUUCUGGAUAUGUACAGGGUAUGAAUGACUUGGUGACUCCGUUCUUUCUUGUAUUCCUUCAAGAAGCAGUACCAAGAUCUGCAUGGCAUGAUCUUGAAAAUUACGUCGUAGAAUCUCUGCCUAAAGAUAAGCGUGAUAUUAUAGAAGCCGAUAGUUUUUGGUGCUUGUCGAAAUUUUUAGACGGCAUUCAAGACAAUUACAUCUUUGCUCAAUUAGGAAUUCAGCACAAAGUUAAUCAAUUAAAAGAAUUGAUACAAAGAAUCGAUGCUCCACUACAUCAGCAUUUACAUCAACACGGAGUGGAUUAUUUGCAAUUUUCAUUUCGUUGGAUGAAUAAUUUAUUAACAAGAGAAAUUCCUCUACAUUGUACAAUUCGUCUCUGGGAUACCUAUCUGGCAGAAUCUGAUCGUUUUGCUUCUUUUCAACUUUAUGUUUGUGCAGCUUUUCUAUUAAGAUGGAGGCGACAUCUCCUUCUUCAACCAGACUUUCAAGGACUAAUGUUAAUGCUUCAAAAUCUGCCAACACAAAAUUGGACAGAUUCGGAAAUUGGAGUUUUGGUUGCGGAAGCCUACAAAUUAAAGUUCACAUUUGCUGAUGCCCCCAAUCACCUGCAAAGUGAUUCAAGGUGACCAUAUUUCUCUGCAGUUGGUUAAUUGUUGACAUUUUUAAUAUUGUUAUAACAUUUUUAAAGUCUUUUUAAGUAAAAAAAAAAAAAGAAAACUUGUAUUCAUUUGUUCUCUUUUUCUUGUGUAAGAUAUAUUUUUUAAAAGAUCGAUUUAUAUACAAUGAAUUUUUGGAACUUUAUACGAAUGAUGGGAGUUCCAUUUUUUAAUGAAAGAAAGAAUGAAAUCAAUGUAAUUCAAAUUAUAAAUUUGAAAAAGAACAUUUUUUAUGUCUAAUUUUUUUUUAUUUUUUUUUUGCUUCCGAAAUGUGAGUUCAGUGUCGACUAAUAUUAUUGUACAAGUAAUCGUACUCGUUUGUAAACUAAAAACACUGGCCAAUGUUAACUCUUACGUAUUAUUAAAAACAUAAACAUCUCUGAA